AUGGAACCACCAUCAAUCCCAGAUAAUCGUCCUCACAAGAGACAUCCCGCCAUGUCUUCUACGCCCAUGAUUGUUGACCCGGAUGACUUUGUCGCUCAUUUCAAAGCCUCGGCCCAUAAUUACUCACGCUCACAUUCCCCAGGGCAAGCAUAUGAGCCGCUAGCGUUUGGCCAACCGGCUAUUGGAAGACCACCUAUGAGACCGCAAGAGCGAUCAAUGCCUAGAUUCAACACCAAUGGUGUCUUUAAUGGCAUUUAUAAUAGCGAGAACUUUGGUAGCAAACUCUCCAUCGACCAAGAGUCAGUCACAGACUCAGUUGCUACCCUCGAUCUGGGCUACCACACUGUCGGCCAGCCAUUACCACGACACAGAAGGCACUCCUCAACCUCAACAGGCCAUCAGACCUCUGAUCAGAGAUCUCUCAGCACCAUCUCUCUGGAUCAACAGUCCGUUGGAAACCAAUCGCUAGGCCACUAUUCUAAAGAUGGACCACCGGGCGGCUAUCUCUCGUCACCUACUUCACCCACUCGCGAGCUCCACUGGUCUGCAUCCAACAGGUCGCUACAAAGCAACUUCAUUACCAACAACCUGCCGGUUCUUCAGCAAACAAAUACUAACGAGGGCUCCGAGCACUUCAACCCUAUUAUUGAAGAACAUGAGGAAGCAUCUUUUGAUCUGGUCCCUCCAUACGAGGGCGAUGCAACCCCACUGCAUACUCUGGAACGACAAGCGGACCUCAUGUUCUGCUCGGACCAUAUGCUAGCGAUUCUGAGAAAUCCGCGCUACUUUGCGCGCUUCCGCGAGUUCAUCGCCCAGGAACGUCCGGGGUCACUCUCGACACUAACAUAUUAUCUGAAUGCUUCCAAGGCUCUCAAAGCAAUUCAAUAUGCUAACGCGCUCGUGCGUUCGUCUGUUGAUGUCCCCACAUCCGGUAUUGAAACUGCAGAGCACCCCGUUGGCCCGACUGUAAAUUUCGCCCUUGAACAGCGCGUGCAGGCAGGGCUGGACGCUUUGACUGCUGAGGAAUUACCUGCUUUCAUUACUUCUACGUAUAUCGAAAUUACUGCCAAGUUAGUUGAGGAGCGUGUGCGCGAAACCUUACCCGAUAAGUUCCAGGGAACGGCAGAUGCACUGGCUGAGGUAUUCUGUCUGACCGAUCCAUCGCGGCCAGAUAAUCCUAUUAUCUUUGCUUCUGAGGGAUUCCACAGCAGCACACAAUACGGCAUGGACUACGUCCUAGGACGAAACUGUCGAUUCUUGCAAGGACCAAAGACGAAUCCUGAUAGUGUUCGACGGAUCCGAGAAGCGGUCAAAGCCGGGCGACAUCAGUCCGAGCUAUUCCUGAACUACCGCCGCGAUGGUUCACUAUUCAUGAACCUCCUCCAAAUAGCUCCGCUGUGCGACAACCGCGGCACCCUACGCUAUUUCAUUGGCGCUCAGAUCGAUGUCUCCCGACUGGUAAUGGAAGGUGCACGAAUGGAAUCACUCCAAAACAUCCAAGCACAGAAACCAAAAAACACAGAAACAGGGCAAGCAAUCAAAGAAUCAAAGAGCGAGUUCCAGGAACUUAGCGAAUUCCUCAGCCCCAGCGAGCUGCGGAACGUGCGCGAGCACGGCGGAAACCUUUUCGAGCCGAUUGCCAGCGAAUAUCCCAACCACCGUCUAUUUCUCCAAGACUCUGACACGGAAAGCGAGAUCGACACCCCAUCACAAGGCCCCCAGAACCCCACACCAGGCCCGGCUUUCAGUCUAUCCUUGAGCAGUGUCUACAAAAAGUACCUCCUCGUCCGCCCCUACCCCUCCCUCCGCAUCCUCUUCACCUCCCCCUCCCUCCAAAUCCCAGGCAUGCUCCAAUCCUCAUUCCUAAACCGCAUCGGCGAGACAGGCGCAAAACGAGAUAAUAUUGUCAACGCCAUGAUGGCCGGGCGAAGCUUCACAGCCCGUAUCAAGUGGAUGACCAAGUUUAACAAUCGGGGCCGUCAUCGCUGGAUUAAUUGUACGCCUUUGCUCGCGAAUAAUGGUCAGAUCGGUGUGUGGAUGGUUAUCGUCGUUGAUGAUGAUGAUGAUGAACAUUCGGUUAGAUGGCAGGGUAAGUGGCCGACUACUUAUUAG